UUACGUUCAUCAAAACAAAAACAAAGCACUUUUUAUUAUAACAUGCUCCACCCUCUCUCUUCCGUCACCGCCAUGCCCACCUCUUCAUCAUCUUCACCUUCUCAGAAGCCUAACAAGAGACAUUCUUCCUCCACAAACCCCAACAGCUCCGCCUCCAAUACUCUUCUCUGCAAGCACUCACCUUCAGCGACCUUAGACAUUCUCAUUCUCAUCUUGGUCCUUUUCUCUUGCACCUUCCUCGUCACCUCCUACUUCUCUUACAUUUUCCAAUCCCUCUCCCAAAUCCUUCCCUCUCUCUUGGUGUCCCACUCCGCUGCUUUCCGAGAGUCCCCUUUCCCCUACAUUCUAGGGUUUCUUGUAUUCUUUACCGUCGCCGUUGUCUCCGUUGAGAUCUGUUGCAGUUACCGGUCGAGGAAAUGCGAGAACCCUGGUUGCAAGGGGUUGAAGAAAGCAAUGGAGUUCGAUAUUCAGUUGCAGACGGAAGAUUGCUUGAAAUCUUCAUCCAAGGAGAUCGAUAAUCUGCCUUGUAAAGGUGGGACAGAGGGGAAUCCCGAUUACGAGUGCCUGAGAUCUGAGCUUAGAAGGAUGGCACCCCCAAACGGACGGGCUGUGCUUCUUUUUCGAGCAAGGUGCGGCUGCCCCAUCGCCAAGAUGGAGGCUUGGGGUCCUAAGCGUGGUCGAAGGCACAAGAAGGCUUUGAGUAAUCUGGCACUUGAUGGAGGGGGUGAGCAGCGCUGAUUUGUUUGUGGUGUUUUCUUUGUGAAUCUCUUUACACAUAUCUCCAUUUCUGGUUUUCUUACUAUCUUUCAAAAAUUUGAUGUUUCAUUGAAGCUUCAUUUCCCAGAUGACUUGAAACUUGCUGAGAACAAUUUUUCGUAAACCUACAAGCUGAUGAUGAAUCUUUCCCCAUAAGAUCAAUCUUCCUGCUGUAUCUUUUGUUGUGGGAGAUUUUUCUCUUGGUUAUGAAUGCUCAAAUGAUGGAAAAUUUAUACAAAUAAAUACAUGAAAUUACAAUAGAUAUUAUUUGGCU